AGACGGACAGCGGUCAUUUCCUGUUGCACCGUGAAGUUUAACAGUCCGUCAACAAACAGCAUCCACAUGCCGAGAAUAUUAGAAGAAAUAUUAUAACAGAGUGAUGUGAAAUUACAAUUUUCCUACGAGGCUAUACAAUUAUGUAAGGUUUACAUAUAAUUAGCACCAUUAUAGAAAUGCACUUUCUUAAGCUUGCAAUGACGAAGUGGCUAAGUUAGAAGGUCGUGGCAUUGUGAGCACUCUGUAUUGAAAGCACAGAUGUGGAGGACAGGUCGUGUCCUGAGUGUUCGGCUGGCGGGCAGAGGAGCAGCCAGACUCUGUUCCGGCAGCACACUAAAACCUCCAUCCUCCUCUUCACGGCCCCAAGCAGAGAAACAGAGGCGUCGACGGAAGCAGGAGGAGGCCAUACUGUCAAGUCAACACAGUCCUGCUGAAGAUAAAGCAGUGAAGUGGAACGAGAAGCAGAAGAUCGAGUACACCGCUCUAACUGCUCCAGGGACAAAGAAAGACACCAGCCUGCUGUUCCCAGCCUCGUACAGUCCUGAGUAUGUGGAGUCUUGCUGGUAUCAGUGGUGGGAGAGAGAGGGCUUCUUUCGUCCAGAGCAACAUGAGAGGUUACCUCACGCUGUGGAUCGGACCUUCUCACUGUGUAUCCCUCCACCAAACGUGACCGGUAGUCUGCACCUGGGCCAUGCUCUGACUGUAGCUGUGGAGGACGCUCUGGUGCGAUGGAGAAGGAUGCAGGGCUACAGAGUGCUUUGGGUUCCUGGAUGUGACCAUGCAGGGAUUGCAACACAGACAGUGGUGGAGAGGAGACUGCUGAGGGAAAGAGGGAAGCGCAGACAGGACUUCACCAGGCAAGAGUUUCUACGUGAGGUGUGGAAAUGGAAGAACGAGACAGGAGAUGAGAUCUACCAGCAGCUGAGGAGGCUCGGAGCUUCUCUGGACUGGAGCAGAGCGUGCUUCACCAUGGAUCCAGCUCUGAGCAGAGCUGUGACGGAGGCCUUCGUCAGGCUGUGUGACUCUGGUCUCAUCUAUCGCUCGGAGGCUUUGGUCAACUGGAGCUGUGCUCUGGAAUCUGUCAUCUCUGACAUAGAGGUUGACUCAAAGGAGCUGUCUGGGCCGACCAUGCUGUCUGUUCCUGGCUAUGAAAACAAGGUGGAGUUUGGAACAAUGUUCACCUUCGCAUACGCUGUAGAAGGCCACGAUGGAGAGGUGGCAGUGUCCACCACCCGUCCUGAGACUAUGCUGGGUGAUGUGGCUGUAGCUGUUCACCCUGACGAUCCUCGAUAUCAGGCUGUUCAUGGGAAGCAGUGCAGACACCCGUUCACCAACAGACUCCUGCCUAUUAUCACAGAUCCGAUGGUGGACAUGGAGCUAGGAACUGGUGCAGUGAAGGUGACCCCUGCUCAUGACCAUACUGACUUCCUGCUGUCACAGAGACACUCACUGCCACGCCUCACUGUGAUUGGAGGAGAUGGGACCAUGACGCCGCCCUGUGGACAGUGGCUGGAGGGAGUGAAGCGUUUUGAUGCCAGACAGCUGGUUGUGGAUGCUCUGCUUGAGAAGAAGCUGUUCAGAGGAAAGAUGAAUCACGCCAUGACUUUACCAGUCUGCAGCCGCUCGGGAGACAUCAUUGAACCUCUUCUAAAGAAGCAGUGGUUUGUUAACUGUGAUGAAAUGGCGAAAAAAGCAAUCCAGGCAGUGGAGGACGGGCAGCUGGAAAUCAUCCCUCACUACUACAGCAAGACAUGGAAGAACUGGCUGUCCAACAUCAGUGAUUGGUGCAUUUCCAGGCAGCUUUGGUGGGGUCAUCAGAUCCCUGCUUACCAAGUGGAGCUUCCUAAUUCCACUGACAAACAAGAGGAGCAGUGGGUUUGGGGACAGAGCGAGGACGAGGCCCGACAAAGAGCUGCUGUCAAAUAUGGAGUGAAGCCAGAAGCCAUCACUUUGACUCAGGACCCUGAUGUCCUGGAUACGUGGUUCUCCUCAGCGCUGUUUCCCUUCGCAAUGCUUGGCUGGCCUGAACAGACAACGGACCUUCAACGCUUCUACCCCAAUUCCAUUCUCGAGACAGGCAGUGACCUCAUCUUCUUCUGGGUGGCAAGGAUGGUGAUGCUGGGCACAGAGCUGACUGGACAGCUGCCAUUUAAACAGGUUCUUCUUCACUCUAUGGUGAGAGACAAACAUGGCAGGAAAAUGAGUAAAUCUCUGGGAAAUGUCAUCGACCCAUUAGAUGUUAUACAUGGAGUCUCUUUAGAGAGACUUCAAGAGAAAGUGAAGGAGGGAAACAUUGACCCCAGGGAGCGGUUGGUUGCCAUGGAAGCACAGAGGAAAGACUUCCCCAAAGGGAUCCCUCCGUGUGGGACUGAUGCUCUGAGAUUCGCCCUUUGCUCUCACAAGAUGGAGGGAGAAGACAUCAGUCUGUCCAUAUCUCAGGUCCUGAGCUGCCGACACUUCUGUAAUAAAAUGUGGCAGACGCUGAGAUUUACACUGGGAGUGCUGGGUGACAACACAACACCAGUGGGAACAUUGGAAGAGAUGAUUGCUGUGGGCAGCAUGGAGCGGUGGAUCUGCUCCAGACUGUACAGCACAGUAGUGCAGUGUGAGCGGGCCUUUGAAGCCUACGAGCUGCAUACGGUCACAUCUGCCCUGUACUCCUUCUGGGUCCACAGCCUGUGUGACGUCUACAUGGAGUAUGCGAAGCCUGUGCUGGUGGUCCAGACUGACACAGAGCACAGUGUCAGAGCGAGGCAGGUGGCCAGCAGUGUCCUCUAUCACUGUGUGUCUGUGUCUCUGGCCCUGCUCUCCCCCUUCAUGCCCUUCAUCACUGAGGAGCUGUGGCAGAGACUGCAGCCAUUCAGCCCUGGAGCUGCUGCCCAGACCACUCUGUGUUUACAGCCGUACCCCUGCUCCUCUCAGCUGGCACACUGGCAUUUCCCUGAAGAGGAAAGAGAUUUCCUGCUGGUGCAGGAAGUGAUCCGAGUGGCCCGCUCGCUACGAGCCCAGUGUGGCAUGACCAAAGAAAGACCGGCCAUGUGGGCAGUGUGUUCACCCAGCCAGGCCCAGGUCCUCCUUCACUUUGGGUCGGCUGUUUGGACUUUAAGCCGGAUCGUCAGCCUCCAUAUCUACUGUCCUCAAAGAGCAGACAGCUCUGUCCACUCCACUCCUCCACCUAAAGGAAGCCUUGUCGCUGUGGUGGACCACACAUGUCAGCUACACCUUCACAUUCACAGUGGAGUGGACGUUGACAAACUGAUCCUGCAGCUCUCCCAGCGCAGAGACAAGCUGGUUCCAAAGCUGGAGAAGAUCCUCUGCAGACUCCAGUCUCCAGGCUACCUGAGCAAGGUCCCUGCUCAUGUCAGGCAGCAGAUGGACACAAAGAUGUCAGCCCUGCAGCAGGAACUGAAGACCAUCGAGGACCAACUGAAGGUCCUGCAAGAGACUCAGACAACAGAAUAACUACAGCCAAGGGCAUUACAGGAGCUGUGAUGACUGCUACAUCAGAACUGGUUGGGUUGAUGAAUGAGUUAUAAUGUCUGAGCUGGAGAUCUCUACACUGCUUGAAUGAAAGACGUUGAACAAUAUAAUUGAUGUUAACAUAAUGCAAUAUCUCAGUGCAGCACUGUACUACGUAAUAAUGACUCCCCUGCAGGUGGAGUUAUGGCCGGCUGCAUGUAUCCAUGCAAAGGUUGGGUUUGUUAAAGCACAGGUGGCAUGAUGGAAGUUUUAAGAAGCUCAUAGCUCCUGUUUACAACGUAUGUGUGCCAUGGCAGGUUUCGAUCACAACAAUCCUUUACAUUGAUCAUUGUUUUUAAAAUGAAUAAAUAUUUUCCUUAACUUGA